AUGCUAUCCCUGGAUAGCUUCACUCUGUGUAUCAUCAUUCUGAUUAUCGGCGUCCGAGUAGAAGGCACAUCCGUUAAUCGACCUAAGCUUUGUUCUUCAGCAACAUGGAAUGCGUCAGCAAUCACGUUUGCAAAUAGUAACACGGUUGGCGGAAGUUCAUAUGCAAUGUUCAUCAACAGAAACAAUACGAUUUACGUAGCCGUUUCUCAGUAUAAUGCCAUUCAAGUUUGGACUACUGGUUCUUCGGCGCCAGUAACAGUAUUUGUUCGAAAUUCUAGCAAUCCGCUCAGUCUGUUUGCUACAGAUGGUGAUACUAUUUAUGUCGACGAUAACAGCCUUUAUGUGACUAGUUUGCAGCUAAGUCAACCGAAAAAUAGUUCAUCAUUAUACACCGGUGGAAGAUGCUAUGGCAUUUUUCUUGACAAAAACAAUUCACUUUACUGUUCUUUAAACAAUAAUCAUAUGGUCAUCAAACGAUCAUUGAAUAGUAGUGAUUAUCAAAUGACAAUUGUUGCAGGUGAAGGAUGCUAUGGAUUUACGGGUAACAAACUCUAUAAUCCCAUGGGGAUCUUCGUUGAUGAUGAUUAUAAAUUAUAUGUGGCUGAUUACCAAAAUCACCGAAUUCAGCUUUUCCAACCAGGAAUUGCUAAUGUGACGACAGCAGCUGGGAAUGGCGCGCCUGAAACAAUUACACUAUAUUACCCUACCGAUGUCAUGGCUGACGCUGAUGGAUACAUAUAUAUAGCAGACUAUGGCCAUUAUCGUAUUGUCGGAUCCAAUUCUCACGGCUUUCACUGCGUAGCUGGAUGUACAGGCUCAAGUGGUUCUGCAUCUAAUCAAUUAGCCACUCCAUGGAUCAUGGCGUUUGAUGUUUAUGGAAAUAUUUUUGUUACCGACACUAACAACAGUCGUGUGCAACAGUUUCUUUUGGCUACGAAUUCUUGUGAUGCAACAACUGCCGCAUAUCAAGCGUCGACACCAUCUGGUAAUACCGGCAUCUCCUAUAACAGGCCAAAACUCUGCGCGAACGCAUCGUGGAAUGCAAAUGCAACUACAUUAACUGACUCUAGUCUGAUGGGUUCGAUUCCAACAACUGUGUUUGUCGACACUAACAACACGGUCUAUGUUCGAGAUGCCUACUCUCAGAUUAUUCAAAUGUGGUUUCAAAGCAACAUCACACUGACCAAGAAUAUAUCACAAUCUUCGAGCUACUCUUACGGUCUUUUCGUUACCAGUUCAGGAGACAUUUACAGUGAUAAUGCCCUACGCAGCGGUGAAGUCAGCAGAUGGACAAUAAAUGCGUCAAAUGCAGUUCCGGCAAUGUACAGUACACAACCAUGUUUUGGUCUUUCUGUUGACACUAACAACAUUCUCUAUUGUUCUUUAUUUACUGUCAAUCAGGUGGUCGCUAGAUCGCUCAACGACGUAUCCACUUCGUUGACAGUCGUUGCUGGUACUGGUUGCAGUGGGUCAGGGUCUAAUCAAUUGACGACUCCAACGGGUAUAUUUGUGAAUACAAAUUUCGAUAUAUACGUGGCUGACUAUGGAAAUAAUAGAAUUCAGCUUUUUCACCCAAGGCAAAGUAAUGGGACAACGGUUGCUGGUGCUGGAGCACCAGGAACAACCAUACUUAAUUGUCCAAUGGAUGUCGUCCUGGAUGGUGACGGAUAUUUAUUUAUUGUUGAUGCAUGUAAUAAUCGUAUCAUUGGUUCGGGAGCUGCUGGCUUUCGGUGCAUAAUUGGGUGUUCUGGUUCUAGUGGAUCAGCACCUAGUGAACUGCAACGACCCUGGUAUAUCGCAUUUGAUAGCUUCGGAAACAUUUAUAUUGCUGAUAUAGGAAAUAAUCGAGUGCAGCUAUUUACUUUCGAAGAUAAUUCAUGUGCACAAUUGUCAUCCACUACCACCACCACUGAUACGUCCUCACCAUCAACAACCACCACCACUACUGAUACGUCCUCACCAUCAACAGCCACCACCACCACUUAUACAUCCUCACCAUCAACAACUACCACCACUGAUACGUCCUCACCAUCAACAACUACCACCACUGAUACGCCUUCGCCAUCAACAACCACCACCACUUAUACAUCCUCACCAUCAACAACUACCACCACUGAUACGCCUUCGCCAUCAACUACCACCACCACUGAUACAUCCUCAUCAUCAACAACCACCACCACUGAUACAUCCUCAUCAUCAACAACCACCACCACUGAUACAUCCUCAUCAUCAACAACCACCACCACUGAUACAUCCUCACCAUCAACAACUACCACCACUGAUACACCCUCACCAUCAACAACUACCACCACUGAUACACCCUCACCAUCAACAACUACCACCACUGAUACGCCUUCGCCAUCAACAACCACCACCACUGAUACAUCCUCACCAUCAACUACCACCACCACUGAUACAUCCUCACCAUCAACAGCCACCACCACCACUGAUACGCUCUCACCAUCAACAACUACCACGACCACCACUAGUACUUCUUCUCUAUCAGUUUCACUUUUCACGUCUAAUCAAACGUGUUUUCUGCCGAACAUCACAUUGAUUCCCAGCGGUUCUUCGCUCUCAUCACCAUUACAGUUUCGACGAAGUCAAGAGUUUUCCAUCAGUUCAUAUUUACAACUCGACUGUAAUCUGUCACUGUCUACCAUUAUCAAAUGGACCGUCACUAACUGCACUUCAAUUUGUUCUUCUUCUCUGACCCCACUGCCACAAACACUUAUCACCACUUCCACUGAGUUCUCUAUUCCUGCUAAAACACUGACCUAUGGUACCUAUCAAUUCACACUCACUGUGGCUAUGAUUGCUGCUCCUCUUUUAUCAUCAUCAGCUUCCGUAUAUGUCAAAAUCAUUCCAUCAGGCAUCACACCAAAUCUCAUCCAGUUUGGUACUUCAAUGAUCACACGAGGAUAUCAACAACAGCUCACUCUUGAUCCUGGAUCAUUCUCAGUAGAUCCUGAUUCAUUGGCAUUCAAUGCUACCAACUGGAAAUACAAAUACUUUUGUCGAAUUUACCCUGGGUAUAAUUUUCCAAGCAUUGCUGGACUUCCACUCACGAUCGACGAUCCGCGAGUUGAUGUAGCCAAUCCGUCGUGUAUUUUACAACGAUCAGGUAAUACAUCGAAAUUGCAAUAUACUGGACCAUCUUCUUCGCCCAUGUCUGCAUUGACUCUCUUUGGCAAUGCACUCGCAUCCAAUCAAACAUACCAGUUCAUGAUACAGCUCGAAAAUAUCUUUAAUUCAUCCUCACAAGCAACAGGUUACCUUCUCGUUCAAGUCGAUGACACUCAAUCUGAACUGAUUGUUAUUUCUUGCGUCAUUUCUACCUUGUGUACUGCCAAUCAGGAAUACCAAUUUGCUAAUCCAACUACACAGGUUGCCAUCUUCUCUCUUUGCGUCGGUACAUGCGUAUCAAUUAACGACAUCACAUGGAAUGUCUAUUAUGGAACUACCAAUGCAUCCACCAAUCUCAUGCGUUGGACACUCUUCAAACAAGCACAACAAUAUCAAGAUGUCUGGUUUUUUGGUUCAAACACAAGCAAUUUCACUGCCACCAAUAAUUUGUUUCUCUCUUUCCCUGCCAUCCAGUAUUGGCGGUUUGAAGUGAUCUAUUCGUUUGCGCAGCAAAGUAGUCUCAGUGCAAUGAGCUUCAAAAUGAACACACCACCUCAAAAUGGUUCGUGCACUAUCUUUCCACUCAAUGGCACGACGUCCGCUCUCUUCACAAUCACCUGUUCGCAGUGGUUUGAUGAUGAUGGCAUUCAAGAUUAUUCAUUCUAUAGUUGGACAACAAAUCCAAAUGAACGACUGAUCCUUGCCUAUUCGUCAUUUUCAUCCAUUCAACUGAGAUUACCGUCUGUCAAUGCUAAUGCCUCAUUAUCUUUUCACGUUUCUGCUCAGAUUCGAGAUACACUCAGUUGUGUUACAGAAUACAACAUAUCUUCAGUUACAGUUUACCCCGAUACUGAUCAGAUCACUGAUCUUAUUGACGCUGUGCAACAAUCAACCGGCACUAGUGGAUUGGCAAACAAUCCAAUCAUUCAAAUACUAGCAAGUGGUAAUCCAAAUGCAGUCGGUCAAGUAGUUAGUUCAUUGUCGCAACAAUUCAACCAAAUCAGUACCCAAUCGCUGCAGGAUGCGAUCGCAAAUGGCGUGCCUGUGUCAAGUGUUGCUGUUUCGACCUUAGAUGCCACUACUCAAUCAACAUCACCAUCCAUAAUCAAUGCAUCGACGCUCGACGAGUUCAACAAACAAACCAACACGUAUGCAAGCAUCCGAGAUUUUCUCAUCACAUUCAUAACUGGCCUCCAACCCACAACGGCACCCGGUAUUCAGCUACAAGCAUCGUCUUUAGCUCAACUCACUCAAGCAACCAAUCAGCUCACACGAUCUGCUUCAAUGAUUGCUGCACAAAAAUGUAACCAAUUGGCGAUAACUUUAUAUUCCUUGGCAACGAUGAUUCCAUUUGAAGACGUACAAUCAUCAGCUACACUCAUUGCACAAUGUGCUAGUAAUGUUCUAAAUGCUGUGAAUGGCCCACUGCAAGAACGGACAAUUGUACUCGAUCUCGACUCAUCUCGAGCCAAUGCCUUUCCUCAAGACUAUGACACUGAUCUUGAAUCAGAAUGGAAUAAUCUAAAUCUAUUUGGUGAUGGAAGUGAUCAAUCGUGGAAUUCACUUGAGAAGAGCCGCAAUCUUUAUUUUCAGAAACAAACAGCUAACGAAGUCUCGCUUUUGACAACACAAACAAUGUCGUUAUUAACAGCAUCAUUGAACAUACACUUGAACAUCGGCCAAAAUCUCAACAUGAACACAGCUUCUGUCUGUUUGUCACUUGAAAUCACGUCAAUCGACGCACUUGUCAACAAGUCCGUCAAACAGACAUCCACCUCCCAAAUUCGUAUGCCAUCUACGUUUCAAAUCAACACAACAAACAUCAGCACGAUUUCUCUUCGAUCAAUGAUCGAACCACUUGCAUCAGCUGGCAAUGCUUCUUCUCAAUCUCGAACGAAUCUCUCCAGAUCCGUUUCUUUUUCUCUUCUUGAUACCAAUGGCAAAUCCAUUCCCAUUCAAACAACCUUCGAUUAUCCCAUCGAACUUAUCAUUCCUCGUGACCCAUUUUUAGUCAUUCCAUCGAUGUCACUGCAGAAUGUCACGUCAUUUAAUUCAUCAACAGUGUCACCUCAUCAGCAACUGUUCAAUCUUCAUUUCGUCAACAUCACCAAUCCUUCCCUCACUGUCUCAGUUCAUUUUGAAAUGCAUCCGCUCAACACAAGUCUCGCCUAUUUAUUUAUUUAUCGAUUCGACACUGUACCCAUCCUGAACACUUCACAUCAACAAAUCGAUGGUUGGUCUUUGUUUUGUCCUCAUAAUCUUACCAAUGAUACUAUUCACAACUACUUUAUUGAUAAUAACCGAACAAAAAAUCAUCAAUCCAUUAUCUUUGGCUUGAGACAACUGAAUACAACUGAGCAAUCGGAUCAAUGUUCCAAUGCAUCUGUAACAAUUCAACAACCGCCUGCCAAUAAUCAACCAUUCAAUUUCACAUCCAACUACGAACUUCGAAUCUUCACAUCAGGAUGUUACUAUCUCGAUACAAAUAGCAACUGGCAAUCAGAAGGUGUACUUGUUGGACCUUUGACUAAUCAUCAGCAAACACAAUGUUUGUCCACACACUUGACAACAUUUGCAGGUGGGUUUCUGGUUCUUCCUGCACCCAUCAACUGGAACUAUGUGUUUUCCAAUGCUGAUUUCGCUCGCAAUAAAACCAUAUACAUCACACUUAUUUGUGUUUCUGUUCUCUACUUUCUUCUACUUGUCUAUGCACGAUACAAAGACAAGAAAGAUCUCGAAAAACUUGGUGUCACUCCACUUCCCGAUAACCAACCAUCCGAUCAGCAUUUCUAUCAAAUACUUGUCUUCACUGGUCAUCGAACACAUUCGGGAACCAACUCCAAAGUUCAUUUCAUCCUUGCUGGUGACGAUGAUGAAACACAAGUUCGAACAUUCGCUGAUCCACGUCGAAAGAUCUUGCAACGAGGUGGCAUCGAUGCAUUUGUCAUGACUGUGCCCAAAUCAUUGGGAUCAUUGAACUACAUGCAUAUUUGGCAUGAUAACUCUGGCAAAGGUGCAUCAGCAUCGUGGUUUCUCAAAUAUAUCAUUGUUAGAGAUCUGCAAACGUUGGAUAAGUCAUAUUUCAUUUGUCAACGAUGGUUAGCGGUCGAAAAAGAUGAUGGAAUGAUCGAACGAGUAUUACCAGUCGCGGGUGAACAUCAACGACAAGAAUUUUCUUAUUUACUAUCAAAACAAGCUUACCAUAGCAUAUCGGAAGGACAUCUCUGGUUUUCGAUCUUUUCGCGACCGCCUUCGAACCAAUUCACUCGUGUGCAACGAUGUACUUGCUGUUUUGUUCUGCUGCUGACGUCGAUGCUUCUCAACAUUCUCUACUAUGAUCAAGUUGCAACAGCCAAAGCAAAUGUGAACACAGCAAGUCUUGCAUUUGGCCCACUUCAUAUCACUCCCGAACAGAUUAGUAUUGGUGUUAUUGUUGAACUUCUCACGUUUCUUCCGAGUAUUUUUCUUGUUCAAUUCUUUCGUCGUAUUGAACCAAAACGGUUACAACAGCAAUUAUCCCCUCUACGACAAGCCAUUUACAAAAUCAGACCAGAUAAUACGAUUGUAGAGUCAAAUCGAAAGAAGCGAUCACGAAUGACGUUUCCAUGGUGGUGUCUAUUCAUUGCUUAUGCUCUUUCAUUCAUCAUCGUUGCAGUGUCGAUGUUUUUCGUCAUUGUUCGCGGUAUUGAAUUUGGCGACGUCAAAACUCAGAAAUGGUUGACAUCACUUCUCACCGGUUUCUUGUCAUCCAUCGUUCUUAUUCAACCAGCUAAAAUUAUUGGCUUAGCGAUCAUUUUCGCUUUGUUCAUUCGAAACACAAACAAAGAUCAACAAGCAGCUGAGUUCAUUGACGAUGAUAAUGAAGAUCAUCCGCACCUCAACAACGAUGAACAAUACUUACAUUCUCUCGACAAUCAAUCGCCAUUCAAUCAUCGAUCCAAAACUCAAGCUAACCGUCUCAAUCAAGCUGAACUUGCCUACAUUCGUGAUCGACGACUGAAAGAAAUACAAAUGUGGUCAAUCAUCCGUGAGAUCUUCACUUAUCUCACUUUUCUUGCGUUGCUCUAUGUUAUCACCUACUCGAACAUCAAUCAACAUGCCUUCUACGAAGUACAGCACCUUCGACAAUUCUUUCAUAAUAGCAGACAAAUCGAUAAUAACUACAUACAACUAUCCACAGUCGAUCAGUAUUGGAACUGGUUAGAAACUAGUUUUGUCGACAACAUUCGCGCACAGCAAUGGUAUAAUGGUGAUCCACCUCGCAAUCUAUCCGGAUUCAUCAAUGACAAGUCCAAUCGCCUGAUUGGAUGGGUUGCAAUGAGACAACUCAGAACGAAUUUGCACUCAUGUCAACUGAAAUCAUCCAUUCAACAGCAACUGUUCACUCACUGCACUGAUGAUUACAGUUUUUCCAACGAAGAAAAGCAAUCAUUUCAGCCGGGAUGGAUACCCUACCAACAGAUUAAUAAUCAAUCGCAAUCGUUCGGUUCAGCUAUUGAACAAGCAUUCAUAUAUCGCACAAGCAAUCAACUCGACACGUAUCCCACUGUUGCUAAUCAGCAUACGUACAGUGGCAAUGGAUAUGUGUAUGAAUUUCGUGGUCGCCUCGCUGAUAUUCAAACGAACCUCUCUCAGCUUCAUCAAUUGCAAUGGAUCGACGGUCAGACAAGAGCUAUCAUCAUUCAAUUCACUUUGUACAAUCCCAAUGCGCAACUCUUUACAUUCGUUACUCUUCUCACUGAGUUUCUUUCUAGUGGAAGUAUCGACCCACAGUCUCGUUUUGAACCGAUCACUUUCGAAGUAUUUACCUCAUUGCCUCAACUGAUCUGUACCAUCUUCUACAUGCUAUUCAUCAUUCACAUAAUGAUAGGCGAAGUUCGAUCAUUGAUCAAAAUGAAAUCCAACUACUUUCGUCAGUUCUGGUCAUUGAUCAACCUCGGUAUCAUUGUCUGUUCAUGGACAAAUGUUGGUAUUUAUGUGUGGAGAUAUUGCGAAUCACUUCGCAUUGGUCAUCUCUUUGCACAAACCAACGGGUAUGUUUACAUCAAUCUACAGUUAGCCGUGUAUAUCAAUGAUGUUUUCACUUAUUUGUUGGCGUUUUCGUGCUUCUUUGGAACGAUUAAGUUUAUCAAAUUAUGCCGUUUUAAUCAUCGACUCAUGUUAUUUGCAAGAACACUUCAACACGCUGCCAGAGAACUUAUUUCGUUUGCGUGCAUGUUUACGAUUGUAUUCAUGGCAUUUGUCGUUCUCUUUUAUCUGCUAUUCGUCUCCAAACUAUCGUCAUGCUCGAGUGUUCUACAAACGGUGCGAAUGCUGUUCGAAAUCACCUUGAUGAAAUUCAAUACACAAGAGUUAACUGAUGCAGCAGCAUUUCUUGGUCCGUUUUGCUUCGCUUUAUUUAUUGUGAUCGUCGUUUUCGUCUGUAUGAGCAUGUUUUUAUCAAUUAUCAACGAUAGUUUUCGUGUGGUGCGAGACAAUGGCAAACUACAAGGACACGACGAUCAACAUAUCUUCUCAUUUAUUAUUGGCAAGUUACGAACAUGGAUUGGUAUUGGUAAUUUGAAUGACUUCUAUCAAAUGGAAGAAAGGGAUGAACAAAUGAGAUCGAAAUAUUAUGAUCCAAUCAGUAAAUUUCCUGAUAAGAUGGAUGAACUGCUGGAUGCACUCAAUCGCGUGUAUAUAAAUCAGCAAGAUCAUUCGUCAUUGAAAAAAUCGGAACCGGGGCCGACAUAA